CCCUUCCGCCCUCUCGCGCUUGGCUUUUCCGUUCCAGGGCAGCCACCAGCAAGCCAAGCGCCGGCAGCCCCCUCCCCUCCACCCUCCCACCGGAUCAGCAGCAGCGGCGGCGGCGGCAGCGGCAGGAGCAUCUCCCUCCGGGCGCUGCUUUCCCCCUCCCUCCCCUCCCUCCCUUCUGUUUUCCUCCCUCGUUCUCUUUACGUGCCAGAGGGGAGCAGCUGCCGCUGUUGCCGCUGCUGAGCUGCAAUGAAUGAGCAUCCAGCGCUGCGACUCGCAAGCCCUUCGGAUCGCCUGGAGCUGCCGAGGGAGCCGCUGCGAAGCUGUUGAAGAUUAGGAAGAAAGCGAGCCUAAGGCAGAGUGGGGGGCUCACGCCGGCCCCCGCCUGCGGGGAAGGCUGCAACCGCACCGUUCCCCCCCCCUACCUCUCUUCUUCCUCCCACCCCCCCACCCCCCCAUCCUUCACGGGGCGAUGAGCCGUCAUGGGUGGUCCGCGGUCCGAGGCGGGAUGCCGUGAACGGAGCAUGCCUUGACUCUACCUAUUGUGCGAAGGGAAGACGGUGCCGAUAACCGCAGCCGCGCCAGCCUGUCAAGUCCGCUGCCGCAGCGGAGCAACCACCCAGCAGCAACCUCGGAGCGGAGAGGAGGACGAGGACCUCAUGCCUAGGAACGGUGCGGCCGCUGCCCAGCCCUGACAGCCGAAGGGCAAGGAAAGCACCCCCCCCUUCCACCGCCGGGAGCAAGGACCCCCGUCUCGGUUUCGCCAUGGCUAAUAGGCCGAGGGUCAGCGAGACUCUAAAAGUGGUGGUCCGCUGCCGCCCCAUGAACAGGAAAGAGGAAGCCACGGGCUACGAGAGGAUCAUGGACAUGGAUGUGAAGCUGGGCCAGGUGACGAUCCGGAACCCCAAGGCCUCCCCAGGGGAACUGGCCAAAACCUUCACCUUUGACGCCGUGUAUGAUGCCACCUCCAAGCAGGCAGACCUGUACGAUGAAACGGUCCGGCCCUUGAUCGAUUCGGUCCUGCAAGGGUUCAACGGCACCAUCUUUGCCUACGGUCAGACCGGUACCGGGAAGACCUACACUAUGCAAGGGAUCUGGGCUGACCCUGAGAAGAGAGGGGUCAUCCCCAUCUCCUUUGAGCACAUCUUCACCCACAUCUCCCGUUCUCAGAACCAGCAAUAUUUGGUCAGGGCUUCCUAUUUGGAGAUCUAUCAAGAAGAGAUCCGAGAUCUCCUGGCGAAAGACCAGAGUAAGAAAAUGGAUCUGAAAGAGAACCCGGAAACGGGGGUUUACAUCAAGGACCUUUCGUCCUUUGUGACCAAAAACGUCAAAGAAAUUGAACAUGUCAUGAAUUUGGGGAACCAAACCCGAUCGGUGGGCAGCACGAACAUGAACGAGUACAGCUCCCGCUCGCACGCCAUCUUUGUCAUCACGGUGGAGUGCAGUGAGACUGGCCCAGAUGGAGAGGAUCACAUCCGGGUAGGGAAGCUCAACUUGGUGGACUUGGCUGGGAGUGAAAGGCAGAGCAAGAUGGGUGCCCAGGGGGAACGGCCCAAAGAGGCCUCCAAGAUCAACCUCUCCCUCUCCGCUCUGGGGAAUGUGAUUUCAGCCCUGGUGGAUGGCAAAAGCACCCAUAUCCCCUAUCGGGAUUCCAAGCUCACCCGCCUUCUGCAGGACUCUUUGGGUGGCAAUGCCAAGACCAUCAUGGUAGCCACGCUGGGCCCAGCUUCCCACAGUUACGAUGAGAGCUUGUCAACCCUCCGUUUCGCUAACAGGGCCAAAAAUAUCAAGAACAAGCCACGAAUCAACGAGGAUCCUAAAGAUACACUAUUGCGGGAGUUCCAGGAGGAGAUCAUCCGCCUGAAGGCCCAGCUGGAGAAACGAGGGAUGCUGAGCAAGAAAAGGCGGAGGAGUAGCCGGAGAAAGAAAACCAUAGAUGGGGAGGGAACCCCCGAAGGUGAAGAGCCAGAGGACAAUGAGGAUGGAGGGCUGGAAAAAAACAUGAAAAAUUACUUGAAGGAGCAAAAGGAAAGGUUGGAGGAGGAAAAAGCAGCAAUCCAAGAUGACCACAGCCUGGUGAAUGAGGAGAAGCAAAAGCUACUGGAGGAGAAAGAAAAGAUGAUUGAGGAACUCAGGAAGGAGCAAGAGGCCACUGAACUUCUAGCAACCAAAUACAAGGCAAUGGAAAGCAAAUUGCUGAUUGGUGGAAGGAACAUCAUGGACCAUACAAAUGAGCAGCAAAAGAUGCUUGAGCUGAAAAGACAGGAAAUUGCAGAGCAGAAGCGGCAUGAGCGGGAAAUGCAACAGGAAGUGCUUUUGCGAGAUGAGGAAACCAUGGAGCUCCGGGAGACAUUCACUUCUUUGCAGCAGGAAGUAGAAAUCAAAACCAAGAAGCUCAAAAAGCUUUAUGCCAAGCUUCAAGCUGUGAAGGCAGAGAUCCAGGACCAACACGAUGAAUACAUCCGAGUGCGGCAAGACCUGGAGGAGGCACAGAAUGAGCAGACACGAGAACUGAAACUCAAGUACCUAAUCAUUGAAAAUUUCAUCCCCCCUGAAGAGAAAAACAAGAUCAUGAACCGCCUCUACUUUGACUGUGAGGAGGACCAGUGGAAAUUCCAGCCCUUGGUGCUGACUCCAGGGAAUAGCAGCAGCAGCAGCAGCAACAGCAACUCCACCACUGGGACUCAGAUGAAAAAGCGCCCAACUUCUGCAGUGGGAUACAAAAGGCCAAUAAGCCAAUAUGCUCGCCUAGCCAUGUCAAUGGGGUCCCAUCCUCGGUAUCGGGCUGAGAACAUCAUGUUUCUGGAACUAGAUGUCUCUCCACCAGCUGUUUUUGAGUUUGAGAUCACACAAGACCAAAGUGAGCAGGACCCACGAGCAUUGCAUUUGGAGAGGUUGAUGCGGCUAGAUAGCCUCAUGGAGCGACCUGCAGCAUCCCGAGUACGGAAGUCCCGAUCUUGGUGCCAGACUCCUCGCACCUUGCCGUCUUCAGCAACACAAGUCUCCCUGUCCUCCAGCUCACAGAACCCUUCCACACCACUGGCUCACAAAUAAUAUCCCUCGAGCCCUUCUCCUUCCUUCAGAUAUGAGGACUGCGCUCUUUCUGCCACUGAUUGCCUCUGAGAACACAUAGUCCAGGGAGAGGUGUCCCCUGCACUAACUCAUCUUUGUCUUUAGCUACUUUGUGUGUGUGUGUAUGUCUGUAUGAGAUAAUGGCUCCUCGGGGCCCAUAUCCCCAGCGUUCUCUGGAUCUGUCACCCAAUCACUCUAUUUAUUUAACAUAUUUAUUUAUGAUGUGUCUUCGUGAUGAUGCAGGUUUCAAGCUGAGCAGCAAUUCCAGUUGGUGGAAGGUGCAGUCCUACUGGCUUUCUGUUAGUGUUGGGGAAAUUUGCUCAGUGCACAAUGUUUCUAAAAGACAAUGCUUGCUUUUUCUUCAUUCCAUGUAUGUUUUAGACUCAGAAGAGAAAAAUGAUUAGAGGGCAAUGAGAACCAUCUAUAUUUAGCUCCAAUGGCAGUUCUGUCUGUUUCUUCUGGACUGUGGAAAUCAUAGUCAACUUUGAUGUGUAUACUAUGCAGUGAGGAUGAUGAGCAAAGUAGGCGAGUCUCAGGGGCAGGAUCUUGAUCUCACCAAAAUCUAUGGAUUUCCUUUUGCUUUUGCAAUAAGGGCACAGGUCUCAUUUCAUCUUCUGUUCAAAUCUUCUUCAUCUACUCUCCACGCACAGAUAUUGCAGAGAAAUAGCCUGGGCAUCAAUCAUGCAAGCAGAACUAUGAGAGGGCUAAUUAAAGCAUCUUUGUGACUUUGGGAAACAUUCUCUGCACCUGGUUGAGAAAAAAGACAAGACAGCUUUAAGCAGCUAAUAAUUAAAAAAAAACACUUGAUCAACUUACUGAGACAAGGAGUCACUUGUACUUUAAUUGGGAACAACAUUUUUAUACUUGAAAACAAACUGUAUGUAAAGUGGGGAAGGGAAGCCAAAUUCCCAGUUAUUUUAACAGAGCACAGGAAGUAAUAUAAUCUUAUCCAGAAGUAUGUUCCAAUUCACGAAGUCCUUUCAGUGGCAAUUGCAGGUUUAAUUGAGGAGGUAGCCUUGUAGUGACAAGAAUUUUCUGGAUCUAAACAGACCAAGAAUAAAUAUGGGGGGGGGGAAUAGUCUUUAUAUCCAGCAUCUCUCUCUGCCCAAGUUAUCUUUUGCACUUUGACUUAUACUUAGAAGAAUGGCUGUUGGUAACCUUAGCUACCAUGCUUCCUGAUAUUGACAUUUUGGAUAAACCCAAAGUUACUCAAAUCCAAUCACAUAAGCCAUCACGAACUGCAGAAACCAUAAGAAGUUUAGAAAGCCUAAUUUGACUGGCUUUAAUAGGAACAGAAAGAGAAGGAAGUUUUGAGAUUGAUGAAUGAUCCUGAAUGUUCUGUCCAAUUCUGGCAGUAAUUUGUGUUACAAAAAGAUACUUACCUUUCUGUGCUCCGGGUUUUGAGCACUGAAAUGCCUGAAGGAAGGAUAAGGAAACAUCUGGCAUCAAAAGAGCUACAACACAGAGGUGGGCAAAUCCAAGAGUGUCAAUCUAUGACAGAUUAUAUACUGAGGCAUGUAACAUUUGGGAUUUCUGAAAAAGUGAUUUUCCCAAAUCAUACUUUUUGUUCUCCUUUGUACAUACCUUGCUUUGUCCU